GUUAUCUACACCCGGAAAACCAUGGUAGUGACUGAAAGGCUGUUUGAGUAAAUUAGCUGAAAAUCAGUGUCAGUUUUGCUGUCUGACGUCGAAACGUUUACUUUUAUUUUACAUUCUCGUGUUGUUUUCGGUGCCAUGAUACAGGCUUUGAAAGGCGUCAGACACCUGACAUCCAGCACAAUGAAGCAAGCAGUUUCAGAGCUCUCUGUGCCGGUGCCAUGGGGGGAGAUCAGAGGGAAAGUCUGGGGUCCUGGUCACGGUCAUCCUGUGCUGUGCCUGCACGGCUGGGCUGAUAACUGCGGUUCAUUCAACACCCUGAUUCCUCUUCUACCCAAAGAGUGUCGAUUUGUGGCGGUGGACCUGCCAGGUCACGGCCGCUCAUCUCAUCGCCCUCCUGGAAUUUUGCCCAUCUUUGCUUCAUACUUGAUGGACGUACGCAGAGUCAUUGACGCGCUGCAGUGGAGCAGAUUCUCCAUCAUAGGCCACAGCAUGGGUGGUAACAUCGGUGGAAUGUUCAGUGCUUUGUAUCCUGACAUGGUGGAUGCCCUCGUACUGCUGGACUCCUACGGAUUUUUUCCCACAGAUGUGAAAGAAAUCCCCGGGUUGAUGAGGCAGGGGUUAGAUGAGUUGAUUCAGUUUGAGAAAAAGAAGGAAGAGAAGAAGGAACGAGUUUACACUUAUGAGAAGGCAGUGGAGAGGCUGUUGGCUGGAAACCAGUCUCUGUCUGAACAGUCUGCAAAAAUUCUCCUGGAAAGAGGUCUAGUUGAAGUUGAAGGAGGAUUCGUGUUCUCCCGAGACUUUCGUAUUAACCUGAAAAACGUAGCACGCACUACUAUGGAGCAGUGUUGGGAGAUCCAGCCGAGGAUGCAAGCCUCUGUGCUAGUGAUUCUAGCAGAAAACGGCUUAGAAAAAACAUUUGCUGAACCGAAACGAAAGCAAUUUACAUCGGCGCUUUUGCAGGCCUAUAGGGACCGAAAUCACACGGUGGUGACUGUUCCCGGCGAUCAUCACGUCCACCUGAAUAAACCUGAAGUCGUCGCUCCAUUUGUGUCGGAUUUCCUGCAGACCAGAGUUCUGUCAAGUGCUGGUCCUGUGCCGACUUCUAAGUUAUAGCAAACACACACAAACAUCAGAAUUACAAAAGCCAUAGCAACAAGAAUAACUUUUGUAUUGACAGUUGAGAGUUAAUGUACACUCAACAAAAAUAUAAACGCAACACUUUUGUUUUUGCUCCCAUUUUUUAUGAGAUGAACUCAAAGAUAAGAUACACAAUAUCACCAUUUCUCUCAAAUAUUGUUCACAAAUCUGUCUAAAUCUGUGAUAGUGAGCACUUCUCCUUUGCUGAGAUAAUCCAUCCCACCUCACAGGUGUGCCAUAUCAAGAUGCUGAUUAGACACCAUGAUUAGUGCACAGGUGUGCCUUAGACUGCCCACAAUAAAAGGCCACUCUGAAAGGUGCAGUUUUGUUUUAUGGGGGGGGCAGGGGUCCACUCCUCUUCAAUGGCUGUGUGAAGUUGCUGGAUAUUGGCGGGAACUGGUACACGCUGUCGUAUACGCCGAUCCAGAGCAUCCCAAAUAUGCUCAAUGGGUGACAUGUCCAGUGAGUAUGCUGGCCAUGCAAGAACUGGGACGUUUUCAGCUUCCAAGAAUUCCGUACAGAUCCUUGCAACAUGGGGCCGUGCAUUAUCCUGCUGCAAUGUGAGGCGAUGUUCUUGGAUGUAUGGCACAACAAUGGGCCUCAGGAUCUCAUCACGGUAUCUCUGUGCAUUCAAAAUGACAUCAAUAAAAUGCACCUGUGUUCUUCGUCCAUAAUAGACGCCUGCCCAUACCAUAACCCCACCGACAUCAGAAGACCGCUCACCCACACGAUGCCACACACGCUGUCUGCCAUCUGCCCUGAACAGUGUAAACCAGGAUUCAUCCGUGAAGAGAACACCUCUCCAACGUGCCAGACGCCAUCCAAUGUGAGCAUUUGCCAAAUCAAGUUGGUUACGACGACGAACUGGAGUCAGGUGGAGACCCCGAUGACGAGCAUGCAGAUGAGCUUCCCUGAGACGGUUUCUGACAGUUUGUGCAGAAAUUCUUUGGUUAUGCAAAUCGAUUGUUUCAGCAGCUGUCCGAGUGGCUGGUCUCAGACCAUCUUGGAGGUGAACAUGCUGGAUGUGGAGGUCCUGGGCUGGUGUGGUUACACGUGGUCUGCGGUUGUGAGGCUGGUUGGAUGUACUGCCAAAUUCUCUGAAACACCUUUGGAGACGGCUUAUGGUAGAGAAAUGAACAUUCAAUACACGAGCAACAGCUCUGGUUGACAUUCCUGCUGUCAGCAUGCCAAUUGCACGCUCCCUGAAAUCUUGCCACAUCUGUGGCAUUGUGCUGUGUGAUAAAACUGCACCUUUCAGAGUGGCCUUUUAUUGUGGGCAGUCUAAGGCACACCUGUGCACUAAUCAUGGUGUCUAAUCAGCAUCUUGAUAUGGCACACCUGUGAGGUGGGAUGGAUUAUCUCAGCAAAGGAGAAGUGCUCACUAUCACAGAUUUAGACAGAUUUGGGAACUAUGUUUGAGAGAAAUGGUGAUAUUGUGUAUGUGGAAAAAGUUUUAGAUCUUUGAGUUCAUCUCAUAAAAAAUGGGAGCAAAAACAAAAGUGUUGCGUUUAUUUUUGUGUUGAGUGUAUUUCUACUUGACUGUUUACACUCAUUUUUGCCUUAAAUCUCAGUUUAACAUCAGCCAGCCAGCCAUAUGUUACUCAUGAAUUAUUUUAAGUAUGUAAAUAGAUACUAAAAGUGUUGAUUUGAGUAACAGUAGCAUCAUGAGCAGUCUAGGCCUUGUCAUAUAAAGCUGCCUAACUUAAACCCCAGAUGAAAUGUUUUGCCUUCUGAUCUGGUGAAGCUGUUUCGCUCACAACCAGCUCAGUUCAGCCUGUAUUUAACAUGUCUUCUCCAGUGUCCUGACCCCAGUUAUCCUUUCAUCUUUAUGCAGUUUUGUAAGGAAGAAUGAUAAUCCUGUCACCGCAUUGAUCUAAAGCUUGUCAUUCAAAUCAUUUAAAGUAAGAGUGAAAACAUGUUCAUUGUACAGAUCUGUGCCGCUGGGUUCAAGGAGUGUGUGAAGCAUCCAUAUUUUAGAAUUUGUAGAUGGUGAGGUGGGAUUCCUUGUAAUUUGAUCUAAGUAAAAAAAAACUUCAUAUAAUGGGAGAGCCUUGAUCUCUCUCUCACUGACAUCCAGUAACUCCUGGAGAAUGACUUGGAUAACACCAACACUGACUGGGAACAGGCCAAAGUCAGUGGAAAUCAAACAGCUUAUUUACAACAUUUAGCAUUAAGCAGAAAGCACAGCUUCACAUGAAAUGAAUUGUGUGAGCAUUUUUUAGAUGAAGCAUUUGUAACAACAGUCUGUUAUUUUAAUACUUGUAUAGUUCUGAAUAAAACUUCACUGUAAUCCAUCCUGAAGAACAUAGAGCACCCAGCAAUGUCUGGCUCUAUCACCUCGUGUCUUCUGCCUUUGAGGAACGAUUGAAAUUCACUGUGGAGGUUGAAGUCCAUUAAUAUUUUAACAGUUGCACAGUUUCUCUGAAGUUUGUGUCCACAUGUUUAAUGUCAAAAGUCAGUGAUGGAAGAAAAGGUUUGUUCCACAGUGAGAGCUGAGGACAAAUCUGAAGAAGUAGGAUCUCUCCUUUACAGGAUGUUUGCAGUAACACGUUAAAUCAGACGUUUGAUAAAAUGCUUUGAUUUUAGAGAAACCGCAGCUAAGCAUUCAUGAAAAUAGAACCUAAAACUGCAGGAAUAAAUAAACAAUUUUGAACAUUUAA